AUGCGUGAGCGCAGCGCGGCAUGCGGCGGCCAGAGCGGCAGGGCCCGCGGCGGCGCGCGGACGAUGGCGCGCUGGCUGUGGGCGUCGACGCUCCUCAUCGCCGUGCAGGCAUGGAGACCACCACAGAGGCCGCUCCUGCUCUCGCCCUCGGCCCUCACGCAGCACCAGCGCCACCCACAUCCCACCAUACACCACCUGCAUCUCUUCGGGUGGCACCUCGAGCUGCAGGAGAACCGCGCCAUCCGGUCGCCCUACUACGACGAGUGCCAGUUCUACAAGGGGCGUGUGCUCUACGAGGACGAGUCCUCCGUGACGGUCACCGAGUGCGGUGGCCAGCUGUACGGGCUGCUGCAGGUCGGCGGCGAGGAGUUCGUGCUGCAGCCGACGAGGCCCGACGGCAGGGGCUCCCACGUGCUGCGCCGGCGGGACGUCACGCUGUCCGAGCUCCCGGCGGCCUACAACUUGACCGGCGACACGAUCGCCGACCUCGAGUUCGACUUUGACGACGAGCCACCGCUGCCGCACGUGCGCCCGCGCCACGGCGAACACUCGGACGGUAUCGAUCAAUUUCGCAACGCGCGUCCGGUUACCAGGCCCCUGUCAGGCGUUAAGGGACUGUGGCUCGAAAUGGCCAUCGUGGCCGACCACACGAUGUUGAAGUUCCACGGCCAAGAGCGAGUGAAACAUUACAUAUUAGCCCUGAUGAACAUCGUCAGUGCCAUCUUCAACGACCCGUCGCUUAAUUCGAACAUCACUCUCGUCAUAAACAAUUUGUUCAUGUACGAAGAAAAGGAUCCGAUUAUAAAAUACGGCAACGUAAAGAAAUCUUUGGAAGCUGCCAACAAAUGGAACUAUAGACAUCUAAUGAAACUUCCUGCGGACAGCACCGGCUGGGAUGCCACGAUCUGGCUGACGAGGGCGCCGCUGGGGGGCCCGUCGGGCUUCGCCUCUGUCGGAGGCAUUUGCACGCGCACCCGCUCUGCCGCCAUCGAUAGGGACGAGGGACUCACCAGCGCUUUCGUCAUCGCCCACGAACUGGGCCACCUGUUGGGUUUGACCCACGACGGUGAGGGUCAGUGCCUGUCUGAGUCACAGCGUGGCUCGGUAAUGGCGCCUACAGUGCUCGCCACUCUACACCACUUCGCAUGGUCUUCUUGCUCCAAAGAACAAUUCCAUGAGAAGUCAAAGAAAUGGUGGUGUCUGCACGAACGUAGCCAAGAUGAAGGCGUUGAGUUGGGCGGCGCUAAGGAACUCACAAACUACGUGUUCACGAUGGAUGAGCAGUGUCGGACAGAAUUCGGCGAAGGGUUUUCGGUAUGCAAGACGGUGAAGGUGCGGUCGGUGUGCGCGAGGCUGUGGUGUGCCCACCGGGGCAUGCCGCACGUGUGCCGUUCGAAGAGAGCCCCACCGCUGGAGGGCACGCCUUGCGGCACCAAUCGUUGGUGCGUGGAUCGCGUCUGCGAAUUCAUGCCGGGCCAUGGGGCUGAGAAUAAAGUGGGGGAAGCUGACAAGGGUCCAAGCUCACCCGAGUGGGAGGAGUGGGGUGCUUGGAGCGAGUGCAGCGCCGAUUGCGGAUAUGGUCUGCGCACGCGUACCAGGCAAUGUCGUUACAAGGGGUCGUCAUCGGACGCCUGCGAGGGCGCCGGCACCCAAGUGUCGGUCUGCUGGAAGGGUUCGGCAUGCGCGGCGACCCGAGACAUCCGCGCGGACAUUUGCGUGCGGCAGGCCAGCCAUCUCAUUCCGCACGUGCACCCGGACGAGAAAAAUAGCUGCGAAUCAUGGUGCGUGGACUACGCUGGGGGCGAGCCUUCUAAGUUUGGAACUCUCCCUGAUGGAUCGCCUUGCAGCUACCAACGGCCCUUUGACCUUUGUUCGCAGGGAACGUGCGUGAAAGGACAAUGCAAUACUACUGACCCUGGCUGUAACUGGUGUCCUGACGGAUAUUGUAACAACAACACGCACAUUUAUUCACGCCAACUUGGAAAAGGAUGGACUCGUUUGACGGUAAUACCACACGAGGCCCGCUUCCUGUCCGUCCACGUGUCAACGCCGAUCGCCCUUAACAUAGCCAUCAAGGAGCGCAAGAAGAACAGACCCAUCCUCGAGCUGACGAGGCAUCACUCCAAGCGCUUCGAACUGGAGAACGGGCAGGACAAGUACUUGAAGUACGACCCGAACGUACCUCAGAACCUGCAAAUAGUUGAAGUGGACAGCAACAUAAUAAACAUCAAAGAGGGCGAACACUACGGCUGGGAGGGGGAGGUUGUGGCCGCGGGGAGCCAGGUGCGGUGGAAGCAGACCGAUACUGAUGUGUUCAUAACAUCCGACUCUCGGCUUCAGACCGACUUGAUGAUUAUGGCUGUUCCGGAACGUCAAGCAAUAAGCGAAGAGUCAUUAACAGUGGAAGUAUCAGUGAACUACAGUACACCGGCUGCAAGGGCGCGUCCUAUGGAAUAUAGAUGGUCUACCGAGCGUGGUCCGUGCUCCGUUUCCUGCGGUGGGGGAUUGCGAGUCGUAAGGCAGCGGUGCCCUCGUGACCAGCACUGCACUCCGACGCGAUACGAACAUUGCAAUACGCACGGUUGCGAAUUCACCUGGGCCCCCGGCGAAUGGGAAGAGUGCAGUGCUACAUGCGGCGAGGAGGGUGUGCAAGAGAGACAGCUGUUCUGUGUACCAGCUAACGUGAGUGUGGUCUCAAAAAGGGAGCUGAUAAGACGCAGCGUGUCACCAGCUCUUUGCCCGCCAACAAAACCAGAAAAACAGCAGCCAUGUAAUCGUCUGCCUUGCCCCGUCUAUUGGCAAGAGAUGCCCUGGACUCCGUGUUCGACGACUUGUGGCCGCGGGGUGUCCCAUCGGCCGCUGGUGUGCCCGGCGGCGGACGAGCGGCUCUGCGGGCCAAAGCCCCGCGAGCGGCGCCGCCGCUGCCGCACGCGCCACUGCCCGCCGUCGGCGCGCCCGCACACUACGUGCCCCGCCACCGACGGCACCCAGUACUGCGAGCUGUUCACGCGUGACCAGCUGGAACGGAACUGUGUCGUGCCCCCGUUCAGGAAGUACUGCUGCAACGCGUGCCGCGCCGUCGACAACGCGGAGGGCACCGAUGCGCUCCAU